AUGCUCCAGAAAGAGGACGAAGCUUUUCGAGAACUGGAAAAACUGCAGCAAGUCCAGCGCGACGGAGCUCAAGUUCUCAUUCUAGACGUGACGUUGCCGAUUGAAGGACGUGAUGUGUUGAUGAAAGAGCGACUGCGAUUGGUCGAAAGACUGAAAGGCGUGCAUUUCGUGAUUGUCACGACAUGGGAGAUUGAGAGGAUUCGUGACGAGCUUUGUAUCACCCAGCCACUAAAUGAGGCUAGUGACUGCAUUAGCAAGACAUUGGAGGCUGAGCUGAUGUUUGGUAUCGAGAAAGAUGGAGUCGUGGUGUUCCCUGGAGCUAUUUACCAGCAGAUCCAUGUACAGAGAGAAGUACUCAGCGCACAUGAGCAGGUUCUUGUACAGGGUCUGGCAUCGGCUCAAGCGAGGACGCACGCUCCACUAUAUCUAUCGUUUUCGCUCGUGAGUGAGGAGCCUCUCGGAGACAUGUUAAAACUACAGCAGGUAGUGCGAGCUUGGAUACGUGCACUGUUGGAAGCUGGUGCAGAGAAAAAAAAGCUCGUGGUCUGUCAUGUGGAUCGCUGGUGUCAUGGGCGUUUUGAGGAUGCCGGUUACGCUUUCUUGUUGGAGCUGUUCGAUCUAGGCGUCUCGGUGCUCUUCAACAUGAUCGGUCUUCGGUCAGUCAGUGAAGUGGCGCUGGUGAACCCGUGCUUAACGAGCGUGUCCGAUUCCCUUUUGCCUCCAUCAGAAAAAGAAUGGCAGGAGCCGGCUCCCGACAGUCGCCUCGCAGAGUGGCUUGCAAGGCUGUUGAAAAACGCUCCGCAGUAUCUGUAUCAGGUGCUUUUGUCUACGAACGUGUACCAGCGCACGCAAUAUCGUCGCUAUGGUGGUGGAGGUUACGCGUACUUGUUCGAACAUUUCAAGCAUCGUAUGCUGCAUAAAGGAGUCACUGCAGUCCAAUGGCAUCAGAUUGUGCGUACUAAUACCGUGGACCUUUUAGCAUGGUACGUCCCUCCCGAGGCACCGCCACUUCCAAAGAAUUACCUGCAGUGCUCGAUAUGUGGCAACUUUUUCGAGCCCGUUGAGGGGGAGUAUUUUACGAAGUUUGCGUUCACGUAUUGUGGAACGAAGUGCCUGCGUCGUCAUAGCCGACAAAAGUUUGCCUCACCUCCGACCAAAACGUGA